GCGUUACUUUGAAUCAGUCACUGUCAUUUGUAUUAAAAUGAUAGUGAUGCGGCAUUUUUAUUAUUCUACUCACUUAAAGCGCUCGUGAAUCAGUUUCAUCCUUCGACCGUCGGCUGGAGUGAUGUCUCAUUCAUAUUUUCAAAAAGGGAAACGCCUAUCUGUUGAUGGUAUCUUGGGUUUUUAACGCGGAUCCUAUUGCAGCUGAUUUAAGGCGACUGCGCAGAGCUCGAGAGCCGCAGCAGAGAGGAGUCUCCACACAGCACUAAGCAGCCACCAUGGUCAAGACGAGAACACCCCAACUCACAAUCUCCGCUGUCACGAGAGGAAUAAUGUCUUCAACGUGAGGCACUUCUUAUAAAUGCAAACUGUAUGAUCAGCCUGGAAAAUCUGGAACGACUUUCAGCUCUUGGCCUGAAAGGCAGUUGCGUUGCGCGUAGGAUCCAAAAACUAGGCAACCGAGAACACUUGCAUUCUUGUUUUGUUCGGAGAAAACCCCACAUGAUGAAAUUUAAGCCCAAUCAGACAAGGACUUAUGACGGAGAGGGCUUCAAAAAACGAGCAGCGUGUCUGUGUUUCAAGAACGAUCGGGAGGACGAGGUUUUGCUUGUUAGCAGCAGUCGACAUCCAGAUCAGUGGAUCGUUCCAGGUGGAGGGAUGGAGCCAGAAGAGGAGCCUGGAGGGGCUGCGGUUCGAGAGGUCUAUGAGGAGGCUGGUGUGAGGGGCACCCUUGGCAGGCUUCUGGGGGUGUUUGAGCAGAACCAGGACAGCAAGCAUCGGACCUACGUGUAUGUGCUUACUGUUACAGAAACACUGGAAGACUGGGAGGACUCAGUUAAUAUUGGUCGGAAACGGAAAUGGUUCAAGAUCGACGAGGCGAUCCGGGUGCUACAGUGCCACAAACCUGUCCACGCAGAAUAUCUCCGUAAACUCACUCCUCGCUGCUGCCCUACGAACGGCAACACUCAGGAGCCAGUGAACACGGUUGACAACACCCCCCUCCAUCAGACAGCCUCACAUGACUGUGGACUGCCCCGUUUGCACAGAUAGAACUGCCACCAGAGGGCAUCGAUGCAAGGGAAACUUGGACUGGACUGGGAAAGACAGUUGUGCAUGUAUAAUUUCAAUGUUUACUAUUUGAACCUCUUUUUUUAAGUGUAGAAACCAAAGGCUUGUUAUGAAAUGCCUGCAGGUUUCUGGGUCAAUAUGAACAAGGAGAGUUAUUUUCAUAACUUUUCAUUUGUAAACGUGCAUUUCAAGCCAAAGAAGGUAAAGUUAUUUGAAGAACGUGAUGUUAAGUAUUAAGUGCAGAUCGAUGGAGACGAUAGCCAUGAUGGACAUUUUGGAAAUAUUAUUUUACAAAUGGCUUUAGAUGGAGGAAGACUGAUGGAUGUGCCAAGGUUUGACUGAUUUUUUUUUUUUUUUUUCAGAAAGGUUAUUUAGGAUUGUCUUUUGAAAUGCUGUCUAUUUAUAUCUAAUAGAUAACUAGGCAUAUUUGUUAGGUAUUGGGUAUAUACAAAUUCUUGAUGAACCAAAUAAGAAAACGAUUCAAUAAAAUCAUGAAUUAUAGAAUAUAUAAAUAGUUUAAAACUGAAUUUUUGGGCUGCUUUCGAUUAUUUAGAUUCCUUCAUCACAGAUAUCUACCUGUAAUAUAGGUUUAACAUGCUGUGAACUUGAAGGUCUUUUCACAGUUUGGUCUUAAAUGUGAAUUUGCCACAACAAAUGGUGCAAACUGAUCUCUCAUCUUUAUAUUUACACAAAAAGGUUUAAUUUUCCAUCUCCUGUAAGACAGAAGAACUACUUUUGAGCCACUGUCUCUUUAAGACAAUAUGGCAUUUGGUAAAAUGUGAACAAGGAAAAAUAUGUCAAUGGUUCAUAAAGAAAAAAACUAUGGAAUGUUAUACUGAUUAUAUAUUGCCUGAAGCGUAUUCUGAAUAUUUCAGAAAAAGAGAUGUUAACCCUAAUCUAUCUUGUCAAACCAGGGUUUCCAAAAGGCCACGGAAGUGCAAUAUACAUGUAUUGUGCAUAUACUAACAAUUCAAACUUAAAAAAAAAAAUCUUUAAAUAGCUGAGGAGGAGUUUAAUUAAAUUUUGCUUACUAUUUUGUUCCACUGGGGCCUUUGCAAUCUUUUUUUGUCAGUGAACUUAAUGUGGAAUUCACUGAAUAAGAUGGAAUAUGUUGCCAAACUGUUUUAUUAAGACUGUAAAAGGUAAACAAGCAUACUUAUCUUCCUCAGAGGGAAGAUUGCAUGUUAGGUUGUAAAUAUGUUUUAAUAUUAAAAAUGUCGGCUUCUGCCUAAGUAGUUUAUUUAGUAUUUAGAGUCUCAGUUUGUUUAGGACAUGAUUAAAGGAUUGCACUGCUAAAAACACAGGCACCUAAGCUCUUUACUUGUUGAUCAGUGAAGCUCUAUGAACACCGUUUAAUAUGUAAAAGAUUACCAUGUUAGAAUGUCCCCUAUGUGAUUUGACAGAUAUUACAAAUGUUUUUGCCUCUCUUUGGAAAAUCAGAAAUACCCUGAAAACUUUUGAACAAAAUAAACUCAUCUCUGUGUUCUAAAGUUGGAA